AUGGCCGCCAGCGCACGAUCUCGGCCGAGGGCUGUCGAGAUUCACAUCCACGACGACCACUCCCACAAAGAGACGCCUUCGGGGACGGCAACAUCGGCUCUUGGCGAACUUCCGCUCAACAACAUACACAACCUCAAAUCCAGAUCCAGCAUCGAGUCCUUGGCUCAUCGACUGGACAAUUUCCACAUCUACAGUAGCGACAAGGAGAACAAAUCCCGUCUCACGGUUGAACCCGUUUCUCGAGUCCCAUCGGCGACACUGAUCCUUGACGAAAACAACCCGCUUGCCGUAGCCAGUCAGCGGCUCCCCAGCACCAAGGAGCAGCUGUCCAAACACCAGGAAGGUCAGUUUGAGUGGCUGCUUUCGAUUCCGGUAAAGUCAGCCGCCAAAGGACGCAGACCGCGCGGCGACUCUCACGACGAUGCGGAGCUGCACCAUGGCGAAAAGACGCUGUACUUCGGAUGCAAUCUUGUCCGCCGCCGGACUCAGUCAGGCGGCGUGCUUGAGAACGGCAAGUCAACUGACGUGUAUACCUUAUUAGCCACUCGUAUCAAGGGCGAGGAAGACUUCGCAAUGGCCAUUGAUGCUGAAAUCGCGAAGCUGCAGAGCACCACAGCUGAUCGACUCUGUCUGAGCGAUGCACCGAUGGCCGAGCACUACCUAGGCUCGGAUAUGCUCAAGAGUCCGGGGCUCGUCUUGGACGUCAAGGAGGUCGCCGAAGACUCCGAUGGCGAUGGCUCGCGGCCGUUGUCUCAAAUCGAGGAUUCAGGAGAGGCGCUCGAGAAGCUCGAAGAGGAGAUUGGGGCCCUCGGCCAGGUGGCACAGCUCGAACAGGUGCUCUCUCCCGAGGCUACCACACGGAACACUAACGGCUCUGGCGCAAAGCCGACGCCCAUGAAGGGAGCAACUUCAGGCAGAGCGGGUGCAACCCCGACCAGGGCUAGGACGGUUGAGCGCGCCUCUUCAGUGCACCGGCCCACUUCCACCGGGAAUGACGAGAAAACGGCGCCGGGAUCUGCCACGUCGUCCGCACGAAAGGUGCCUCGACCCACGAGCCUCCUCCCGCCGAAGCCGCCAGCCAAGUCUAGCAAGGCUCCCACAGUGCCUACUUUUGAGUUGCCGGGCGAGGCCGUGGCUCGUCGAUUGAAGGAACAGCGCGAGCAACGCCGCUCCCAGCAGGUCUCGUCGGAGCAAGCCGCCGCCCUGGCGGCCGCCUACUCCCCGUCCAAGCCACAUUUCAAAUCUACCAAACCGCCCACACGGCCAACCUUUGAGCUUCCCGGUGAGGCCAUCUCGCGCAAAAAGCGCGAAGAGCGCGAGGCCAAGCUCCGCGCCCAGGAAGAAGAAGAGCGCAAGCGGCGCGAGUUCAAGGCGCGCCCCAUCCGCGCCAGCCUCGUCCCAAACACCAUCCCGCGCGAGACACGCACGAGCCUGGUGCGGCAGAAGUCGCGCACAACCGAGGGCUCGUCCGACUCGGCCACGACAACCAUCACGCCCGUCUCCAAAAAGCGCCACUCGCUCGUAGGCGCCUCGGGCACUCCAGCAGCAACAACCUCUGCCACCUUCCAUUCGCGGGGCCGCAACCCAGACUCCACCAACAACGCCACCGCCACAACGAGCCGCCGCGCCCACUCGACGACUCCGUCGCAGGCUAGUAUCCAUUCGCGCAGCAGCGGCCGCAGCAAGCAGACGGGGGACGAAGUGGCAGCGGCGUCAGUGCCGCCGCACAAGCCGCUGCGCGGCAAGGAGGUGUAUGCCCGGGACAACGCGGUGCGGGAGGAGCGGGAGCGGGAGCGCCGCGAGCGCGAGCAGGCGGCGCGGGUGGCGCGCGAAAAGGCGGCCGAGCGCAGCAGGGAGAUGAGCCGGCUGUGGGCGGAGAAGCAGCGGCUCAAGAGGGAGAUGGAGAUGCGCACGGAGAAGAUGGCGGAGCAGGUGCCGGAAAGGGAGCGGGCGUGUUGA